CGACCGAAUGUCCAGGCACACGAACGCCUGCGCUAUUGGUCGACAUCAUACACGCAAGAGCGAGAACGAGAUGUUGUCGACCGGCUGGGCCUAGACAUUGCCACUGCAGCAAAGGACGCAGCGAUAGAGGGCUGGACGAAGAAGACCAGGGAAGUGUAUGCGGCGGGCCCACUGCGUUUCACGCAAUUCUGUCAGGAGAAAGGUGUCCCGGAGGCCUUAUGGAUGCCAGCUGACCCCUUCCUCAUCGCCGCCUUCAUUGCACAUUUUCAAGGCUCAGUUGGCGGAUCUUGCAUCAAGAGCUGGUUGUCGGGUCUCAAGGCCUGGCACGAUAUACAUGGGGCACCCUGGCAUGGAGGGUCGGCCUUGGUCAAGCUUAGUCGAGUUGGCGCAUCGCGAGCUGGUGCGAGUCACACGAAACCUCCCCGUUCCCCCAUCACCAUCGCACACCUACGCGCCCUCGAGCAGGGCCUAACACUCACGAACCCGAAGGACGCAGCGAUCUGGGCAGUGGCGACGAACGCGUUCUGGGGAUGCCGUCGCCUAGGGGAGCUCACCGUCCCCUCGCUUGGAGGCUUCGAAGGGAGAUUCCACGUACAACACGGCACACGGAUGGAUUGGAGGCGCGUGGCGGCAGCGGAUUCAGUCUCGUACCGCAUACCUUGGACGAAAACCACCAAGGACGGCGGCGCGUCGGUCACUCUCAACGAACAGGACGUCGCCUGCCCUCUGCAGGCGCUUUCGACACACCUGGCGGUUAACGGUGGUGCGGGGCCCACCGAGCAUCUGUUUGCGUACAGGGACCCUUCAGGGCUGUUCAAGCCCAUGGUAAAAUCGGUUUUCUUGGCCCGUUGCAACGAAAUCUGGGCUGGGGCGGAACUAGAGGAGGUACAGGGCCACGGUUUCCGCAUCGGAGGGACCACGGAGUUACUGCUGGCAGGGGUUGCACCAGAAGCGGUGCAGAAGCUGGGUUCCUGGUCUUCGUCGGCCUUCUUGGCGUACUGGAGAAGGGUCGAGAUCAUUGUAGCAUCCAACAUCGCGCAGGCCUACUCUAGGGAGAGGAUCGAGGUCGUCCGCAACUCGAUCGAAGAUUUUCGUACCCGACACGGACUCGCACAAGCACGGACAACCACCCAGGAA